CCUUAAGUAGUUUACCUGUCCCGUCCCGCUAUCUCGUGGAGAAACGUAUAUCCAGACAACGUUGUAGGAUAGACUACAUCCCGAGUCCAUCAUCUACCGGAAAAAAACUAAACUUUGAGACCGACCCUCCAAUCACUGAUCCUCCAAUCAUAGACGACCUUCCUGUCACCGACGACCUUCCCAAGAUGGCUGCCGACUCCGCCUCUGACGACAGCAAGUUCCUGCGACAGGACGACGACUUCAGGAACAGUGGUGUGGGGCAGGCUGAUUGGUCGGCCAAGAAGAUGGUGUGGAUCCCGUCAGAGAAGGAGGGGUUUGAGGCCGCCAGCAUCAAGGAGGAGAAGGGAGACGAUGUGCUGGUAGAGUUGGCUAACGGUAGGAAAGCGACAGUCAACAAGGAUGACAUCCAGAAGAUGAACCCUCCUAAGUUCAGUAAGGUGGAGGACAUGGCAGCUCUAACCUGUCUCAACGAGGCCUCUGUCCUCCACAACCUCAAAGAGAGGUACUUCUCCAGCCUCAUCUAUACGUAUUCAGGUCUGUUCUGUGUGGUGGUGAACCCCUAUAAGAUGCUUCCUAUCUACUCAGAGAAGAUCAUUCAGAUUUAUAAGGGGAAGAAACGCCACGAGGUUCCUCCUCAUAUCUACUCCAUCACUGAUAACGCUUACAGGAACAUGAUGCAAGAGCGUGAGGACCAGUCAAUUCUGUGCACAGGUGAGUCUGGUGCAGGGAAGACGGAGAACACGAAGAAGGUGAUCCAGUAUCUGGCGGUGGUGGCUUCCUCUCACAAGGGCAGCAAGAAGGACACUGGAGCUGAUGCACCAACAACACUAGUCAAGGUAUGACAACUCUUUCUGUGAUGUGGGCGAUGCAGACUAAUGUAACUUAACUGACUGUGUGGUAGAAACUACUGCUGGUCUGGUUGGUGGACUGCUUCCUCUUCAGUUUGUGGUGUGCUGCUUUGUGCUGCUGGUGGUUUAGACUUUAUGUCUUCUGCUGAAGAGGCAAAUCUCUCAGAAUCAAUACUGAUAGCCAAUGAGCUGCUAUGGACCCGCCCCCCUAGUUCUAUAUUCAAUACUGAUAGCAAAUGAGCCGUACUCUAAGUCCUGCUAUGGACCCGCCCCCCUAGUUCUAUAUUCAAUACUGAUAGCCCAAUGAGCCGUACUCUAAGUCCUGCUAUGGACCCGCCCCCCUAGUUCUAUAUUCAAUACUGAUAGCCAAUGAGCCGUACUCUAAGUCCUGCUAUGGACCCGCCCCCCUAGUUCUAUAUUCAAUACUGAUAGCCCAAUGAGCCGUACUCUAAGUCCUGCUAUGGACCCGCCCCCCUAGUUCUAUAUUCAAUACUGAUAGCCAAUGAGCCGUACUCUAAGUCCUGCUAUGGACCCGCCCCCCUAGUUCUAUAUUCAUAUUCUAUAUAUUCUAUAUGACCCUUACCCAAUCACAGAAGAAGACAGUUUAGGGUUCACAUAUCAGACACAACCUAUUCCCCGAGGAUAUUACAGAAGAACUGACUCAGGUUUGUAGAUAUUACAGAAGAACUGACUCAGGUUUGUAGAUAUUACAGAAGAACUGACUCAGGUUUGUAGAUAAUACAGAAGAACUGACUCAGGUUUGUAGAUAUUACAGAAGAAUUACAGAAGAAGAAGAGGAAUAAUUUAAUUUAAAAAAAUAGCUAGUGACAGUGAUGAAGAAGGAGACGAGAACAAUAGUUUGUUGUGUAUCAUAAAUAAUACGUUAUGCCAGGUUAUGAUACGUUAUGCCAGGUUAUGAUAUGAUAUGCCAGGUUAUGAUAAGUUAUGCCAGGUUAUAAUAAGUUAUGCCAGGUUAUGAUAAGUUAUGCCAGGUUAUAAUAUGUUAUGAUA